AUGUUGCGCAUCAUCUUGAUACACCUCGCAACGGUUUGGUUGGGUUUUGCCGAGUUUAAGCCGCAUUUUAGAGAAUUUCUCGUAGAAGAAUUUGGAAGGGAUGUUGCUACAAAGCUUGAGCGAUUGGAUCAAGGCUAUUUGUAUAGGGGAAGCUUUGGAGGGAAAAGCGAAAAAUACCAGCCUGUAUUCAAUAGGGUAAGAUAAUAAGCUGGUCAAAGGUUUUAAUUUGUAAAGACGGGUUUCAAUGGUAAAUCCACUGUGUUUAAGUGAUUCCAAAUGUUAUAAUAUAUAAUGGUUUUUUCACUUUUUAAAGCAAAAAUUUUAAAACAAAUUUUUAAAUUAACAAGGAAAGUACCUAACCUUCAACUCUCACAAAGAAAGUGUCAAAAGGUGUACCCAACGCCCAGACAUGUGAUAUAGCUCAAAAAAAUUAUGUGGUCGUCUUGAUCGAGGAUCCGUUUUCAAAAGUUGCUAAAUUUUUGUCUCGACCGAGUUAUGGUCGUUUAAAGUUUGCACUGAUUCCCUAUUAAAUUCCCAAAAAGGCCAUAAGAGAAACGAACGGAAAGGUGAACUUGUGACCGAGUGGUCGAAUGGAUAAAGCGUUAUCCUUCUGAAAUGCCGCCUCAGGUUCGAAUCUGGGUGAAUUAAACCCUACCUAAUAUAUAAUAAUUUUUUUCACGUUUAAAACAAAAUAAAAACAGAUUUUUUGCAAUUUUAAAACAACUUUUUAAAUUAAGUGGGGUAAAACGUUUUAAAUUAAAUUUUUUAGCCGAUCAUUUUUGUGCACGGCGUUGGAUCAAACGCCGCGUUUUGGUUAACUCAUCGUCAAACUUUUAUUGACCGAGGCUAUUCAUCAGCUGAGCUUUAUGCCACAACUUAUGGAUUGCUACAAAAUAAUAUAACAAAAACCUUGGAUUGCAAAGACGUUACAGCGGUACGUGUUUUAAAUUCCAUUUUUCAGCAAUUUUAAAUAUGAAAUAAAAUUUUUGUUUCUAAAAGCGAGAAAGUUACAGUAUACAUUUUCAAUUUUUUUAAUUUACAAGAAAAGUAUUCAACCUGCCCCGCUCAGAAUCAGCUCAAAAUUUUUAUAUGAAUUCCUUGUACUACCAAUUUUCGCAAAAAAUGACACAUCUUUGCCAAUUUUUAAGAAUUGUACAAAAUUAAAAACAAUUGUACGGUAUCACAGUAAUGUCAACUUUAGAUACGAAACUUUAUAAUGGCGGUCGCAAAAUACACUAAUUCAAAAGUCGACAUAUUGGCAUACUCGAUGGGUGUUGCAAUAGCUAGAAAAGCUAUAUUAGGUGGAAAAUGUGUUGACACUAUGGAAAACCUAGGUCCACCUUUUACGGCAAACGUAGAAACGUUUUUGUCUGUUGCCGGUAUGACACAUGGAGUGGAAAAUUGUUCCUUUUUGUACCCUGCUUGUAAUGGUUUGAAUGGAAUACCAUGUGUCUCUCACUUUUUCGUAAGUUUCGAUGUUUUAAAGCAAAUUAUAUUCACCACUUUAACAUAGAUGCUCAGCUGCUUGUCCAUACGUUUACUAGGGAAUGUCACCAAAUAUCCUUCGGCUUUUCGAGCAAGACCUAUAUAGUAUGAAAGAGCAUAAAAAGUUAUCGGGAAAACAGUUUUCAAAAACUGCUGAAUGGCUUCGGCUAGCGAGAUAUUAGCGAAGGAUUUACAUAUGGUUUUCUAUUUGACCUUGCUCAUUUGUCUUGAGAAAAACGAAUGGAUUGAAGCUUUAAUCCAGUUUUGUCGAGUGGGUAAGCAGUUAGUCUGGGGCGCAGAAGGUGGUGAGUUCGAAUCCCGUCGAUUUCAUUUUGGCGCCCAGCCAUCAUGACAAGAUUUUUUGGCUAGCCAAACAAUAUUUUGAAUAAAAAAAUAUAUUUUAAGUCUUAUUUUUUGCUUUUAGACACUUUUAGAAAAAAUAUUUAUUUAAAAUAUUUUUAUUAAUAAAAAUAUCAAAAAAUGUCAUUUUUUGACAUUUAAAGCUACACUCUUAAAACAUAUAAGAUUAUUGAGCGUACUGUAACUCGCUAGACGAAUACAUUUAGAGUUUUUAAAAACAGUUUUCCCGGUAACUUUUUAUGCUCUUUCAUCCUACAUAGGUCUCAUUCAAAAAGCAGAGGGAUAUUUAGUGCAAUUCCCUUGUAGACGCGUUUACAAUUAUUUUACUUCGAUUGCCUCAGGGAAUUUAAAGUUUUAAAAAAAUUUUUAUUAAAUAAUUUUUUUUCAAAUUUAGAAAUGUUUGCUAGAUACACAACAAUAUUUUUCUUAACUAGUCUCUAAUUAUCUCUCUCCUUUCGUUGUAGACGUUUUGGAUUACAAUAUAAUCUUAUUAUAAUUUUUAGACAGAUGUGAACACUGCAAUGUUCAUGAAAUACGAGGGCACUAAUUUGUAUGCCAUCUCUAAUGAAUUUGAUACGGAAUAA